GAGUUUUUGCCUCAGCGCUGAUGCUUUUCACCAGCUACGAUUUGAAGAACUUAAACUUGUAAUUCAAAGCUCUUAGAAAAUGGCUCCAGGGGUGUCCAGUUGUCAUUAUCGGGAUGUUCCUCCUUCCAUCUCCUUCUCUGGAUCUGGAUUCAUGUCCACCUACCAGUUAGGGGUUGCCCAGUGCUUCCUACAAUAUGCACCUUGGAUUCUGAGCACAGCACCUUGUGUCCUGGGUGCAUCUGCUGGGUCUCUGGUGGCAGCUGCUGUGGUCUGUGAGAUGAGCAUGAUUACUAUUCGGGAUGAGAUACUGCAUUUUGCCAAACAGCUGAAGGCUUUCACACUUGGACCAUUUAACCCCUCGAUCAACGUUUUCCACUGGUUAGAGUGUCUUCUACACAAACAUCUCCCUUCCAAUGCACACCAGCUGGCCAACGGGCGUCUUUCUGUGUCUAUGACGCGCAUGAGUGAUGGCAAGCACAUUUUCAUGUCUGAGUUCCAGUCCAAGGAGGACGUAGUGCAGGCUUUGCUAUGCAGCUGCUUUGUACCUAUGUACUGUGGAGUGCUGCCUCCAUCCUUCAAAGGAGUGUACUACGUGGACGGGGGUUUCAGCAGCAUGCAGCCAGUGCUGUCCGUACCCUACAGUCAAACCUUGACGGUGUCUCCAUUCUCUGGAGAGACAGACAUCUGUCCUGCCGACACACCUUGCAUGUGGGACAUGGUGGUGAGUGGCAGCACCUUGAAGGGGAAUAUGGCGAACAGCUUCAGGAUCAUUAAUGCUCUCUACCCCAUGGAUUUAAAGAUACUGGAACAAGCCUACCACUGCGGCUACGAAGAUGCUAUUCACUUCCUCCAGAGCAAUGAUCUUGCCCCAUAUUUGAUGAUACACAGAAUAUCCCAAGGGCCAGUUAACUGUCACCAAACUAAAUCGUUGAUGAAUCUGACGACCACCACAGAUGAAGAGAAGGAGAUGAAGGUGGAAGAGAAAACCGCACUGACGACUUUUAGAACCGACAGAUGCAUGCAGACGAGAAGCUCUAUUGAGCACGAAUCGACUGGAAAUCGACCGGUUAAAGAUCCUCCUCUCCAUUUUGACGUGGUUAAGAAUGUCAUGCUUGGAAACAUGGUGACCUAUCUGAGCAUGUUUGGACUCCCUGCAAGACUCUUAUCCAACCUGCUCCUACCUCUCAUGCUGUCGUUUUACGUUGUACACCAGAGUAGGCACAGAAUGGAGUUGAUGUUCAGGCAGGUGCCUGAGUUGCUGUUCUGGGUUUGGCAUGGCCUGAGACAUUUUACAGUCUUCUUUUUCAACAUAUGUGUCUGCACCAUCAAGAAGAACAUAACCGACCGGAUUAUGCCCACCAUCAUGCUGGUGCAGUGGCUGAUUAUAGUACUAUAUGAGGCUCCAUAAGGGCGGAUGCACUCUUCACCUCGAUAAAGGUUUCCCUCUUCUGCCCUUUAAGAAGAUUUCAAACGUGGGAGGCUACAGAAAGGGCUCAGGGCAUCAUCACAAGAUGAGAGUUACACUGUAUUCUUUGUAUAGCUUUUCACCUGUAUUUUGGAAAGUUACAUUUAUGAGUGCAUGUUGCUAUUGAAUAGAGCAACAAAAAGUCUUGAAGGUUGAGUUUUGUUCAAUUUAAAGGAGGACUUUAUUUUAGCAAAUGGUUAAAAUAUUUCUAUUCUGUUUAAACUAUAUCACUGCAUCAGUAGAUUGCAGAGCUCGACUGAGGCCUGAUUGUACAGUCAGCAUUGUGCUAGAUUUGUGGUAGAAUGUUACAGUACAUGAAGCUGACCAAACAGGUCGUCAAAUUAACAAGCAACACUACUCUUAGACAGAAAAGUUCCAUCAACAUAACUAAUGUUUAGUCAGACAGUUGCAUAGGGUAAAGAGUCAUGUGUAAAUAUUGUGUGAUCAAAGUUACGUACGUCAUGCUUGUCUGGAAAAUUGAAAAGCUGGCCUGAUGGGGCACUGUGUAAUUAGAUAUCUUGCUCUGAAGAUCAACUGUUACAUAAAAUCCUUGGUGGAUGUAUUGCUGCUCUCUCAGUUUAUAUUAUGCUGUACAACUAUAUCAUUGUAAUAUUUUAAAUCUUCAUUUGUUAACGUUAUGCCUAAUGAUCCUAAUUAUCCGCUUUGCUUAAUCUGUAAAAUAUUAAUCAAGUGUAUCAGGGCCUAAAUAGAAAAACUAAAUGUUGAUGAAAGAAUGGCUGUAAAACAGCUGAUUUUUGUGGGAAACAUAUUAAUUUGUAUUAAUGCAAAAGUUUUAGUGAAACAUUAUCAACAAAAAUUCUUUUUUGUUUGUCAGUUUGAGUCAAAUUUGGAGUUGGCUCCAGGGUGCUUAUCUAGAGUGUUACUAAUCUAAUUUCCUCGUGAGAGGUGACAAAUAGUCCUGUGAUGUGCUGUUUUCACACUGCAGCCUUUCACUCCUUUCACUCCUCGUCCUCCACUACAACUGUUCAUUGAUUUGAUGUUAAGCAACAUUGUCCUCUGGCAAGUUUCCAUUUUCUUUAAGCUGCUGGCACGUCCUCAUUUAUUGUUUUUUCACCGGGCAACACUGUGUGGCUAGCUGCUGCUGUUGCUUGAUUGUUAAGCUUUUAAUAUCUUUUUUAAGUGUUUUUAGGGUUUAAGCUCAGGGUUUUAUUGCCACUUUUAAAUAUGAUGGGUCUGGAUAUCUAAUUUGAUCUAAAUCUGACAUUUAACAUUACAUUAGUUUGUUUAAAGUUGGAUGUUUGGCAAACAUUCAGACCCAGAAGCAUCUUCAUACUCAUUUUCAACCAAAAUAAGUAGUAGGAGGCCUCAAAUUGCAGAUGGUCAGGGCCAAUUUACGUUCCACCAAUACCUUCAUUCUGACUUGCUAAUAUUAAUGAAAAUUAUGCUUUAAAAUUAUGCUUAAUUGAUUUCAUGCAGCACAAUUAUUCUCAUUAAUAAUGUGUAAUUAAUUGAUUUUAUAUAAACAUUUAUUAAAAAAUAACGGCAGGUUUUUCAAUAGUUUCUAAGUAACAUGACCCAAUGAAUCAAAUUGAAUACUAAAAUGCAUCACUACAUUGGACAUACAGGACACACUUCUUCAUCUGGGAUUCUAGUGCUGAUUCUAUUUUAUAUGAAUAUCUCUAUGGAAAUAUUCUUGAUUUUUUCAAAAGCUUUUAUAUAAGAAGAAGUUACAUUAUUAUAGAAUGUAAGCCAAUGACUCAAAUGUAAUACACAACUAUAUCACUGCAUUGGACACACAAGUCACAUGCCUGUCUGACAUACUUCUGGAUUGGUUCAAGUCCUAUCUACAAGACAAGUAACACUUUGUUGUCUGAGCGACCUAGCAUGACAUGGAGUUCCUCAAGGCUCCAUCCUUGGACCUCUGCUUGUUAACCUCUACAUGCUCCCUUUAGGCAGAAUCAUACAGAACAAUAACAUCACUUAUCAUAAGUAAACGGAUGACUCUCAGCAUUAUACAACACUCUCAUUGACGCAGACUUGCUGCAUCAAUGCUUGGACCAAAUAAAUGGCUGGAUGAACCAGAAUUUCCUUCUAGUGUUAAAUACAGACAAAAGUUAAAGGCUAAAAGUAGAGGUACAUCUUGACUCAAGUCAGGAAUCUUGGCUAUAAUACCAAUUCAGAUCCAACUUUGACAACCAUAUCCAGUCAAUAGCAAAGUCAGCCACCUUUAAAAUCUAGCAAGAGUUUGAGAAUACAUGUCUAAGAACGAGCUAGAAAAAUGUAUUAAUCUCAUGCUGUUAUCUUAAGUAGGCUAGACUACUGUAUUGGUCUUUUCUCAAAAUUUUCACAAAGACUAAGGCAGCUGAACACAUUUUACCAAUUCUCAGGUCCAUGCACUGGCUACCAGUCACUUAUAGGUUGUGUAGAAUCAAUUUAUAGUUAAAGGCCUGCAUUCAUUUCUGACCUACUCCUUCUACAUGAACCCUCCAGGCCUAUAGGUUUUCAGGAAGAGGUCAGCUAACUGUUGCCAAAGUCAGAAUAAAACAUGAUGAAACUGCUUGUAGUUACAGUGCUGUCCAACUUUUAAAUGAAAUUGCAAGUCUAUGUUUGCAUUGCACUGAAAUCGCACUUUUAUUUUGCCUUUUUAUCUUCUAUUAUCAUUCUUCCUCUUCUUCUGCUGACUAUUAUUAUUAUUAUUAUUAUUGUUAUUAUUAUAUUAAACUUUCUAUCUGAAUCUGUUUACUUUAUACUCUUUUAUUCUUUGUACCUGCGUCUUAAAAGCUUUAUGCAAGAAGAAUUUUCAUGCACUUUUAUUUUUCUUACUGGUGUCUCUUUAAAACUUCAUUAUGCACCUUAAGCUGCUUUAAUGUAUGAAACAUGCUCUAUUUGAUUCUGGUUUGAUUUCACUUCAUAUCCGAAUAUUUUCUGAAAUUUGCCUUGCAUCCCAGGAUGUACACUGUUUUUCAUAAAAACUGAAA